AACUAUGUCACACUGUUAUCAAUGCUAGAUCGUUUUUAUACAGCAUAGCAUAAAUCACAUUACAAUUUAGUUCAGGUGAAAACGAGAUAGCAACCCCUGGGAACAAACCUGUUUUAAAUGAAAAACAGAAUGAGCUGUGUCAAUAACUCUGUUAUGGAUGAUACAAAGAAAAAGAUAAAAGAUCUCCCACAUAUUUGGGUCAGAAAAAUGGCAACACUCCUAUCUGCUACUGACCUUGAUGGUGAUGGAAUAACCUCACAUGACGAUGUAAUGACAAUAGCACAACGUAUUGUGAAAUCGGCUAAUUUGCAAGGCGUGGCAUCUGAUAAUGUUAGACAAUCCUUCAGAGAGUUUGCUGACGGUUUGAAAAAAGCAGAUGAGGAUAUCUUGACAAAGACCUGGUGGGAACACACAUUGCAAUUAUGGUCAGGUGUAGAUAAAGCAGAGGUUGUCAAAGAAAUGCAGGCAUUUUAUACCAAACUUUUUCAGGCUUUGGACUUCAACUCUGAUGGUUUAAUAAGUAUCUCUGAGUACAUGCAUUGGUGGAAGGCCCUUGGUCUGGACCCAAGUCUAGGCAGACUGCAAUUUGCCUACAUGGACACAGACCAUGAUGAGAAGAUCUCAGCCAGUGAAUUUGUUGAUGCAGCCCUCGAUUAUGAACAUAAUUAUACUGAUUGUGACACAAAGAAUUGCUUUUUUGGACCUCUGGUUGAUUUUUGAAAUGUGUCCAAGAGAUGGCUAAUUCUACAAGUACACCUACAUAGAUCUUUCAUUGAAAAUUACACAGAGAAAUACAUGCAUACAAGUAUAAUGAAAAUAGGUGUAUGAAACUAAAAUAUAACAAUUCUGAUUCAUCACAGUUCCUUUUUAUUUAUUUUGAGAGGAACUCUGAUAUUUAUCAUAAGACAAAACAUAUGUUCCUGGCAAGUUCAUUCUCCAAAUGGGUUCACUCAUGUGUAAGAGUCAUGGGUCCAGUGUCACUAUACCUGUACUCACAGGGUAUGUACUAAAUUAAGUGUGACAAUUGAAUGCUCAGGGUAAGGUACAACACGAAGGUGAUGAAAUUUCUGGCAAGAAUGCAAUUUGCCUACAUGGACACAGAUCAUGAUGGAAAGAUUACUGAGAGGGAACUUUUGGAUGCAGG